GGUGGCAGCGUUGUGUUUUAUUUGGGGGUGUUGGUUUUUGCAGAACCUCUCUCGAGAGAUCAACAACUCAGAGAUGGCGACGAGAUCGAACUUCUACAAGAACCCAUCAUUCACCUACAACAAAGACUUCAGUCUCAAAUCCGUCCUUCAGAACCUCCAAGCUUACAAUGUCGCCACCGGGAUCGCUCCUCCUCCCGGAGAACCCAACUUGGGCGGCGAAAAAGUUGCUCCUCGAAAACGCCCCCGCGCAAAGUGUCCUUCGGCGGACCGGAGCAACGCUUCCACAGGGAACGAUGGACCGAUGUCUCACCAGGAUUACAUUGAACAGAGGAGGAGUGAGGUGAAUUCUUUUCACAAUUGUGUGGAAUUGACUGCAGACAUAUUGGACAACUCUCAUUCGAGCCUACAUUUGGUAGAAUAUGAUAGUGAUCAAAGUAAUUCCUCGGAAUGUGACGAGAAGUUGGAUCAUCCUCCUCAUUCUGGUUCUGUUUUGGGUUACUGUGAGAAGAAGCCAGAUCCUCAUUCUGGUAAUCUGGAUGAUGCUGAUAGAGUAAAGAAUAGGAAUGAGCAGCGUUUUGCUGUUCCUGGAGAACCUGUCUGCGUGGUUUGUGGGAAAUAUGGAGAAUACAUUUGCGAUGAGACUGAUGAUGAUAUCUGCAGCAUGGAUUGCAAAGCUGAGCUUUUGGAGAACCUAGAACUUUCCAAGGAACAUUUAAGCAACCAAAGACAACAUGAAUCCUUACAUAGACCUAGUUCUUCACUUGUGGUUGAAUUUGGAGGGGACACCUGGGAUCAUAACCGUUUGCGUUGGUCCAAAAAGCGAUCAAGCCUUUGUACAUAUGAAUGCUGGAAAUGCCAGAGGCCUGGGCAUCUGGCUGAAGACUGUUUGGUGAUGGCGUCCAACGUUAAAUAUCCUGGUUUAGGAGAACCGUCUGACGAGGUGGCAGUAGGUCAAAAGAAAUCCAUUUCCUUGCCCAAAAAUCUUCUUGAACUGUACAGAAGAUGCCACCAAAUUGGCAAAAACUUGUCAGAUGCAAAGUGUAAUACAUGCUGUAGGUCAUCAACUUUGGCCACUUGCCUUGGUUGUAGUACCACCUUUUGUGACAGUGCAGGCCAUUUGAGCGAGCACAUUAGGGGACAUCCCUCCCAUGGACAAUAUUACUCCUAUAAGCUCAAACGUUUGGUCAAGUGCUGUAAAUCAACUUGCAAGGUGACGGAUAUCAAGGAUCUUUUGGUAUGUCAGUUUUGCUUGGACAAGGCUUUUGAGAAGUUUUAUGACAUGUACUCUGCAACAUGGAAAGGAGCGGGGCUUUCAAUCAUCUGGAAUUCUAUUUGCUGUGAAGAUCACUUUGAAUGGCACAGGAUGAAUUGCUUGAACGCUGGUGUUGAGGACUCUGCGUAUGUUGUCAGCAAGGAUGUCCACGGCCCAUAUAACAAACCUGUUAAGCUGAGCGACUUCAUUUUCUGAUUGUUGGUGACUGACGCUGCCCGUGCUCUACCUACGUUCCUCGUGUUGAUAUUCUUUUUAUGCUAUGUAAAUAGCCUAUUUGCAAAAGUAAGAGAGUAAAGCUGUGUGUUGCUUUUCUCCCGUGUUAGAACAUGAUUCCAAUCGGAUUCCGAAACACGUAUAUGAAUAUGUUGUGGUUAAAUUACAGAGAUACCCCUUUGAUGGUUAAAUCACACCAAAAGUCACUUAA